CCAGAGACAAAAGCGACAGGAGCAGUUACAAAUAUAGAUGUGGCAACCCAGAGGGUUGAAAGAGAGAGAGGAACGGAGAAGGAUGAAAAGUAUCAAAAGAAAAGUUCGAAAAGUGUUCGUGGUACGGGCAAAGGUGAUUCCCGUGGUAGGGAAUGGGGGAAAGCAUUAAAAUAGAAUAAAAGCCUACGAAUUUCUUAAACAACCUGAGGGGUUUUCUUCUGUGGAAAUGAUCCCGGAAUAAUGAUAAUGAUAAUGAUGAUGACGAUGAUGAUGAUGAUGAUGAUGCCAACGAUGAAGAUGAUGAUGAUAAUGAUAAUACUGAUGUUGAUCCUGCUGCCGAUGCUGUUGCUGCUCCUAAUAAUGAUGAUGAUAACAAUGAUAAUGAUAAUGACGACAAUAGGGGUAUUG